UGGGACACGUGGCACUCGAUCUUGGCACUUCCAGGCGCCGGUGAGGUCCACUCGCUCAGAGAUUUGACGCGUCUCCUACGGACAACUCACCUGCCGAUCGUUGUCGGAUUGUUCGCCAGCGAUGCUGGUUGGACACGGCUGGGUCCAAUGGCUCACGUGCGUUGGCGGGCACGCUACGGACUCGUGCUUCGAGCUAAAGCUGCUGGCCACGUGUCGCGGGUCAAUCGCCGGUUCGAACGGAUGUGGACGAAAGUCGAUGGUGGUCCAGUGGCUCAAGGUUGAUGGCGGCAACCUCUACGGACGACACCACGUGGCCGCGUGGGCGGCUCAGCGGGCCAGCUAUGCUGGAGCCUCGUCGACGAUCGCGUCCUGUGGCUCGGAGGGGAUGGUGUGUCCUCCUACGGACUCUCGGCGGACCCUGGCGGAUAGGCACGGUUCGUUCGCUGUGCGGGCUUGCUUGGGCUGCUCCGGUGUGAAGCACGCGGUGGCGUGGUGCUUACCUCACAGUGCUGCACCGCGUUGUGAAACGUUCGCAGGUGCUGGUGGGAUGUAGAACCUACCAAAAGAACCUUCGCCUGAAGGUUCUACGGGCGAAACGGGGCAACUUAGAUCACUGGCCUAAUUUAAUGAAUUUAAUUACCUUUGGUUCUGGUUUGUAACAACACGCCCGCGGGGGGGGGGAGCGGAAAAACGCUAGUCUAGCGACUUGGGCCUAAUUUCACAAAAUUAGUAAAGUGAUCUAAAUUAAUUAAAAGAACUAAAAUAACUCGGGAGUGAACUCACGUCCAAAUACACUUCGCUUUGCACACGCGGACUUAAAUUCAACGGCUUGGCUAAUUGGCAGACUUGUAAAUUUUCGCAACUACUACACUUCCCUAAAUGCUGGUGAUCUUCACUAGCGCACGAUCUCGGAGCAAAUGGCAGAGAGCCCUUGACGACACUAGGUCGAGACCUUGACCGCGAAAAAUGGCUCACUCGUGGCCGGCUCUGAUUGGCCAAGGCCGAGUCCUACUCGCAAGGUGCCCUGGUUGCUAAGCACUUAGCGGAAAAUUGAGAGAGUUUCGGCCAGGUCAAUAUAUCACACGAUCAUCGUCUACGGGAGAUGUAGAGUUGACCUAUUUUUUUAAAUUUUUAGUUCCGAAACUCACCACCUCACCCAGUUGGCGCUCGCUCAUUUAGGGGAAAUUGAUGAUCGCCCAUGAUCGUUCUUAAUAUGGUUACAAUAGCUUCGGCUGCCGAUCCCGAUGAUGCUAUGAGACGCGGGUUCGAUUCCCGCCUUAUCCACUGAGCUUCUAUCGGAUGGUGAAGUAAAACGUCGGUCCCGGUUUCUCCUGUCUCGUCAGAGGCGCUGGAGCAGAAAUCCCACGUUAGAGGAAGGCCAUGCCCCGGGGGGCGUAGUGCCAAUAGUUUCAUAUAGUUUUUUGGUAGAAAUGGAUUAAAAAAAAGAAGUUGUCUUUAUAGCUGUCGGCCACUAUUGCUAGUACCAAUCAGCAACCUCUGGAUUGUGAGUCCAUUGCGCUGUCCAAUUGAUCCACACGGACGGGAUCGAAAUUAAGUAAAAUUUACAAAUUUACGAAAAACCCGAAAUUCUAAUAUCAAAAACACAAUUUUUAUCAAAAAUAAAAAAAAAUGAAUUCAAAAUCAGGAAUUUGAAAAUUGAAGAAUUUGGGAAUUUAAGAAUUUAAGAAUUUAAGAAUUUAAGAAUUUAAGAAUUUAAGAAUUUAAGAAUUUAAGAAUUUAAGAAUUUAAGAAUUUAAGAAUUUCGCAAUUCGCAAUUCGCAAUUUUCAGUGUAAGAACGGGCCUUGACCGAUCUUAUGCACCAGGUUCCCGACGAACACGCACUGCCCUUACACCUACAUCUCACCCUUGCUCUGAGUCAGUACGAGCAGCACGCUAGAACACGCUUUGAGUGUUCGUGCCAGGCAUGCACACCUUCUUUUCCGGUUACGCAUUUUAACUC